CCGCCGUGUUUGUGUAUAGUGUGAUGUUGAUGUUUUGGCUCAGUUGGAGAGGCGUGACGUUUAAUGGUAGAUCUGCACUGAGGACGUUUGCGUUCUUCUUUUCUCCCGCUGCAGUUUACCUCAAAAACAGCUGGCUGAGAGAUGUCCGACAGCUCCAGUGACACGGAGUCGUCCUGCGGGUGGACAGUCAUCAGUAAUGAGGGUUCGGAUAUUGAGACGCUAGGUCCAGAUAACCCCGGAGAUUGUGAGGAUGGAGAGGUUAGCCGCUCUCCAGAUGCAGCUGACGCCAAGCGAGGUGAGGAGAGUUUGGGAGAGUCUUCGUUAGAUCUCACGCUGAGAGAGGAGGUGGAGGCGGAACCGGCGCCAGAGGCGGGCGGAGAAGAACACGUGAUCCUGUGCUCCUCUAGCGACGCCUCUGACAUCGUCAUGCUGGCCGACUCUCGGGAGGCGGAGACUGACUCGUGGGAGGAGCCUGUUGCUAAGGAGACAGAGGAGGCAGGAAGUGAGGAGCUCGAUCUCGGAAGCUCGUCGAGCAGCCAGUACACGUUUAGAGAGUCGGAGACGAGCUGGCGUUGGAGCGGAUGGGGAUUUUCCAGGACUCUGUGGGAAUACGGCAGCCAUCUGCACAGCUCUCUGUCUCUCUCAGUGUUCCCGGCGGAUCAGCCGGUGCAGCGAGACGGCAGUAACAGCAGCAGUGAGGAUGAGGAGGGUGAGACGAAGGCCGGUCCUGUGGUGAGGAGACGCCGGGUGAGGAGGAGCACCGCCGGCUCGGACCCUGGAGAGCCGCCGGAGACCCAGCGGAGACAGGAGGAGGUGAUCGAGGAGACAGGAGCUCUUCAGGACGGCCGUGCUGCCCGGCGGGACCAGGGUCCUGUCAGCGGCACCUUAAACAAAUGCAUCCUACUAGCGCUGCUCAUCGCCAUCAGCAUGGGCUUCGGACAUUUCUACGGCACAGUUCAGAUCCAGGAGAGGCAGAAGAUCGUGGAAAAGAGUCGCAUAAAUGAGCUGGAAGCUCCGUGUCCGAGAAAGCUGGACGUUGAAGCGGUUGAGGAUCUCAGGGAAGACCUAGAGGAAAAGCAAGACAUGGUGAUGUCCCUCAUGAACGUCAUGGAUAAGAUAACUAAAGAAAACCUGCAUCUCAGAGUCACACAGGAAGAGUUACAGGCCCAAAGGCAAGCUUUAUACGUACAACUGACGCAAACCAAAAGCGUGAUGGAGUCUCGACAGAACGACCUGAGCACGGAGAACCAGCACCUUAAAGUCUCUCUGGAGCGAGAAGAGGCGUCUCUGUCGGCCCUUCAGGAGGAGCUGAGGCAUCUGCGGGGACAGAUACGGGAGCUGGAGGAGCGAGGAGCCGGGGCCGACUCCAUCAUGUCCGAGAACCAGCGACUCAAGGGCCACUUGCUGGAGGAGAAGCAGAAAGCGCGCAGCUUCAUGAGCCAAAGAGAAGCGCUGAUGCUCGAAGCCCAGGAGCUCCGGAAGGAACUCGAUAAAGAGCGCAAGGUGACCGGCGAGCUCAAGGAGGAACUGGUGGAGAUGAGAAAGGAGGGCCCCGAGGGCCCCGAGUCGGAAGAACUCCAGACGCGACUUCAGGAGCUGGAGAGCAAGCUGAAGUUCGAGCAGCAGCGCUCCGAUCUUUGGGAGAGACUGUAUGUGGAGUCGAAGGAGGAGCGAGCGAAGGGCGACCGGGACGUCAAGACCAAGAUCCCCAAAGACGGCGUGCUGGGGAAAGUGAAGGAAACCUUCGACGCCGUCAAGAACUCCACGAAGGAGUUCGUGCACCAUCACAAGGAGCAGAUCAAGAAAGCCAAAGAGGCGGUGAAGGAGAACCUCCGCAAGUUCUCCGACUCGGUCAAAUCGACGUUCAGGCAUUUCAAAGACUCGGCUUCGAACGUCUUCAGCCACCGGAAGAGGUUUCACGACGACAGAGCCGAGCGGGAGCAAGGAAACAAGCGCGCCGAAGACUGGCAGCCGCAGAAGCCUUUACACCGGCCCCCGCGCAAGUCCCCCCUCGACGCCGAGCGCAACACGCGCAAACCCGGCGCUCGGAGGCAGAAAGCGGCGCCCAAAGGCUGCUCGGGGGUGUUCGACUGCGCCUACCAGGAGUCCAUGAGUCUCUUCAACAAGGCCAUGGAUCCCGUCCGCGCCGACGAGUUCAACGAGCUCCUGCGCAGCUAUCUGCAGAAAGAAGUGGGCCACUUCCGCCACUGGAGGGAGCUGGAGAGCUUCAUCGACGAAUUCUUCCACGACGGCGUCUUCAUUCACGACCGCAUGCUGUUCACGGACUUCGUCAGCGGCGUCGAGGACUACCUGGAGGAGAUGGACGAGUAUCACAGCCUCAGCGACGACGUCUUCGAGGACCUGGACGACUACAUUUACAGACACAUAUUUGGAGACACGUAUUUAAAAUACUUCGGGCCGAGUCGACCCUUCGAAGGGCCGGGGUCGAAGGGCAAGGCGUGGCGGCAGCAGAAGAAGCAGCAGCCUCGUCCUCGUCCUCAUCCUCAGAGAGCCAAGAAAUGGAGCCAGUCGGGACGAGACCCCAACCGACAGUUCGCAGACGUCAAAAUAGAGCUGGGUCCCAUGCCCUUCGAUCCCAAAUAUUAGGAGAAACAUUUCAGUUCUUCUCUAUGUUGCUUCCGUUUCGUUUGUUUCGUCCUGGAGAAGGUUCAAGAAAGCUUUUGGGUUCACCUUUUCUGUGAAUAUUUUUAUUUUUUUUUUGCACAGUGUAAAUGUUUGAAUGCUGGUUGAAUGAUUUCUCUUUCUGCACUUUUAAGCAGCUUAGGAUUAAUUAUUGCUAGGUGUUUUUGGAGGCGCAUUUACGUUCCCUGAAGUUACGGUGAAAAGUAUUGGAAAUUGUUAAAAUAAAAUGCGCAAAUUAUUUUGGAUUGCUAACCAAAAAGGCACUCUGUUUUGUUGCAUUUAAUUAGUGCUGUCAAACCAUGAAUUGCAUCCAAAAUAUGUUUUUAUAUACAAAAUGUACUGUGUAUAUUUAGUAUGCAUAUAUAAAUACACAUACAUACAGUAUAUAUCUUG